CAACCCAGUCCUCGUUUCUUCGGAGGCAAACCCUGAGGAAUUCAGCAGAGUUUUCCUAGAUAAGCCAAUACAGGAUUGGAAUUUCAGGCGGGCGCUUUCCUGCCAAUGCUUCAGCCAGGAAGGUGGCACGAACGGUCCCAGGAAGGAGAGCGCCGAUUAGAGCGAGCCUCCAGCUCCAGUUCCCUCUCGGCUCAAACUGGGAAGUCGCCGAGCGAAUGCCAAUGGGCUGCUUCGUGAAUGACCUGCGUUCCCUCCUCCCGUCUCCCCUGGCAGCGCCCGGGGCUGCGCCCCGCCUCUUACUUCUCGCUCUCGGUCAAGGUGCCUUGUGGGGCUCUCCUCCGCGUUGGCAAUCUCUUGCCUCCCCUGAGGCCGACGGAAAGGAAAUUCAAAGAUACAACAGAAUAGAUGACCAUGACUUCUCCCUUUCCUUGUGGAUUGCUUUCAUGGACCUUAAAUUCAGUGUGGUUCCUUGAUCACAAAUAAAUAAUCUUCACAUACUCAAUUUUACAAGACUAAAAACAUAGCAUAAUACUGCAGAAACUGUGCUAGUUCACUCAAGAAACUACUACAGUGUAUGAAUUUUACAAGGACAAUGGAUACCAAGUUUCAAGAAGCAGAAGGAUUUGGGGAAGAAGCUUCAGGAAAGAAGAAGUCAAAGUUUAAAUCUAUUAAAAAGUUCUUUGGGAAAAGAAAAAGGAAAGAAACAUUAACAUCUUCAGGAAGUGGUAAUAUCAACACAUGUCAGUCCGCAAUUGAUAUCUCAGCCACACCAUCUAGGCAUAUAGAUUAUGAUUCUGAAGAUGAUCUGAAGAUGCACAGAACUAUCAUGGGAAACAGAGCUUUGUCACAUGACAGCAUUUUCAUUUCUGAGACUCCACAAGAAUCACCUAGGCCAGUUCGAGUGUUUUCUCAGGAAAAUGUUUCUGAUCGAAUUAGGUCCUUGCAGGUGAAACUUCAGCAAAACUGGAAGAUGGGUCUCUCCUAUCCAUUUGGAACGCCUUCCAAAAAACAAGAGGAUACGGGAAUGAGUUCAGAAGACGAUGGCUUACCUAGAAGCCCACCAGAAACGUAUUUGCUACAAGAAAUUCUAAAUCCCAAUACACCAAAGUUUUCAGAUUCUCACAAGCAUCAUAGCGCUUUGAGUUUAAUUGGAACAGGCAGUGAAGAAGAAGAACAGGUCACAAAAAGUCCUUCAAGAUCCUGUUCUACAGAAAGUCAGCUGUUCUCCCAUCAGCCAAAAGCUACAAUUAUAACUGAACAAACAUUUGAUAGCAGCUGUUUGCCUGCUGCUGAUUUUGAUAUUCUUCCGGAAUUAUAUUCUUGCUUGGAUAAUUCUGCUGCUAAGCACAAGCUUUCAAUAAAACCACGGAACCAGAGAUCUAGUAAAAUAAGAAGACUACCUUUGAAGAAAUUAUCUGAGUCUCAGAAUGACAUGACCUGCACCCUUGAGGAAGAUGAAAGUGUUGAAAAAGAAGAGCUGGUUGAAGAGUCCUACAAAGGUGUGACUUCCAGCCCACAAGAACUGAUUGACAAUGCAGCUUUGUCCAAUAUGGUUUUCUCCGAGUUUCAGCCUUUGAGUCACCCAGAUGAAAAGACUUACAUGUCACGCUCCACUUCGCUGAUGGACUCAUAUUGCUGUGAGAGCUCUUCAGAGGGUGGUGAAUCUAUCCAGGGAUUAGUACACCCUGUAAGGCAAUCUUCAACUUCUGACCCCAAAGAAAAUAUUGUUCCACAACAUGACAAAGAGCACCGUGAAACUUUAGAGAUGUCCCCUAAGAAUUUAAGUAAUGUGCCUUUAAGUAUUUUAAACCAAGAAAAUAAACAGAUUUCUGGUAUUCCAUCCAAAAGUGACACGAGAACUGCUAAAAAUAUCCCUGCCAAAAAUUACAUGACUGCAGAAUCAGAUGCAUCAGAGAAAAAAUCAUUGAAAGAUGCUAAGGAAACUUUUGAAAGUGUUUCUAACAAGGAAGCUACAAAGAGAACAUCUUUAUUGGCCAAUCCCAUCAUUUCUUUAUCCACAAAUCCUUCCCAGCUUCCAAAUUUACUCCACUCAGAGAACAGUAGUAUUUCUCAGGCUUCAUGCAGAAACUCUUCACUGGAAGAGAGAACUUCUUUGACUCAAGGCAAAAUGAAAGCAACUCAAGAGAAACUGGAAUCUAAUGAUGAAGACCAUCUCCCAGCUGUAUCUGAUAGUAUAUUGGGAGGGAAAGCAGAGAAAGAAACCAAUGACCUUUGUGGCUUGAGAAAGUUUUCAGUGUCAUCAGCGCGGUGGAGAUCAAGAUCUAACAGCCUGAACACGAAGGAUGCUUCAGAGCACGAGAAGCCUCUUGCCAUGCAGGUAAAUUUCUCCACAAAUGGUGAAAAGACAAAGAAGGAUAUUGAGAUGAACUCUUCAAAAGAGAAAAAAAGGUGCUUUAAUAAACAGAAAUCCUCAUUAGAGUCAGAAUCUGAUAUUCCUGGUCGAGCAUUAGAUUCAAAGACUUUUGCCUCACAGCCUUUGGGUUCAAAACCAGUAUUGAGCAGCUCUUUUGGUAAUCUUCUGCAGCUGUCAAGUCCAAGCCAUUCAAGCUCUGAGAGCCAAAAUCCCUUCCAAGUCAAACUGAGGUCCACAUCGUUAUCACUGAAAUACAGAGACAUUGGACAGGAAUCAAAGGAGCGGAAAGGAGAGAAUGCUGAACUUAAUUUAGUAAAAGAAGAGGUGAAUUUAUCUUCUCUGAAAGUUGAAAAAGGAGAAACCAGGAAGACAAUGGAUGGAAAUGUUACUGAUUUGUCCAAUGAAAGCUUCAAAACUAAAUUAAAAUCCUCUGAGCAGGGAAACACAAAACCUCCACUGCCGAGAAAACCUGCUUUACAACACUCCAGUAUUACUAGCCUUAACACAAGCACAGAAAAGCAGGAAAAAAUAACCAAAUAUCCAGAAUUUAAAACAGAAAGCAGAAAUGUGGAAAAGAAACAGAAUCCCUCCGAAGUGCCUGAAACAAUUGUGUCUUCUCCUGUGACUGCUACAGACUAUGGAAGAACAUCUGAUAUGCCAGCUUGGAUUAGCAUAGCAAAGCAAAAGCAAAGGAUUGUUGAACAAGACCUUAGCAAAGAAGAGAAGCCAGAAGGACAGGAUAAAGCAGAUGCAGAAAAACAAAUAAAAGAGAAGGAAACAACGGAGGAAGUAGGAAGGCAACAUUCAGAUUUGCCUCAGAACACAGUGUCAUCUUCCCCAUUCACAGCUUCUGCUGGAGAAACAAAGAAAGAGACGAAGUUAGAAAUGCAAGACUCUUCACUAAGAAAUAGCUUGUCAUCCCAUCAGAACCCUGCUCAGCCAUCAUUGCCAAUUGAAAAAGGAGAUGUAAAGCCACUUAAGAAGGUUGGUCAUUCUCCAGAUCAACCCUCAUGGAUGGAACUUGCCAAAAAGAAAUCUCAAGCAUGGAGUGACAGGCCACAGAGGAUAAAGUAGAUAAAUAAUUUUGUACUGUUUUAUGCAUCCACAUCAGCACUCAUCAGUGGAUCAAAAGUUUUAGUAAAGCAAAAAUGUUGAUUUUUCAAGCUAAACCGAUUGAACUGAUGAGGAUAAUAAACCUAUGGUGCACCAAAGAGGCCACAAUGCAAGAGUUUCAGAAAAGUCAUCACAUUUGUACAGUACUAUAGGACAAUUCUUGAAAAUGUCUGCAAGCAAUUUAGCUUUGGCAAGAAUUUAUUGAGAUGAAAAAUAUUGCUUACUGUGUUCCUUUUCAUUUUUUCACCCAUAAAAUGUUAUGCCAUGAAUAUUGUUAGAAGAUUAACUAAAGUUAGGUAACUGCUCCUUUAAUAGAGUGAGAAUAAUUGUCCAAUCAAAAUGUCUUUGCUGAGAUAUACAAUUACAGCAGACUAGAACAAGAAUAUCUUUUCAGAUAUACGGGAAAACAUUUUAAUGCAAUCAAUCGAAUGAAUGAUAAUGAAAGAAACAGGUUUUAAUAAUUGUUUCUUAAGAUGGAGUUGGAAAUUAGCUAAGAUACCUAUGGUUUAGAUCCCUACCUUUCCCAAUAGAUGAAAACUUAUAUGUUUAUUAUAACUCUAGCCCAUCAUUUGAACCAGCAAUAUUAGAUGAUUAUUAUCCUGUUUCCAAUUUUCUCUAUUUAGGGCAGGUUCUUAAGAAGGUGGUGGAUCCUAUGGGAAACCCUAGAAGAAAUGGCUUAUCUGACUCUUUUUUUUAGUUGGAUUUCAGACCUGGAUAUGUUCUGAAACCACACUGAUACUUCUUGUGCGACUGAAAUAAGGGUAGUGCAAUGCUCUGGUCCUGCUAGAUCUCUCUGUAGCUUCUGACAACAUAAAUCAUGGCAUUAUCAUGAACCACUGCCUGGAGUUGGGAAUAGGAGACACUAUUUUAUAUAAAUCAACUAAUCUUUGCUUAUAUUGUAGAAAUGCUAUUGAAUGAAAAUUAUAAACUGUUGGGCUAUUGUUUGACUCUUCUUGCCUUUCAAGCAAUUUAAGGUACUAUAUAUCGAGAUAUCCAUGCAUAGUGAAAAGUGCUAGAUCACUUUUGGAUUGAAAACUUUAUUUUAUUAUGUAUUAUAUUAACCAUUCCCAUUUUUUUGCAUUGCAUACAAGUAACGUUACCUUUCUUAUUCCAGCUUUCAUCCCUAUAACAUGAUAAUUUUUCAUGUUAAAGUUCUUUGUGACUUACUUCCCAGUAGUUGCAUUUGGAAUUGUAGCCUCUAUUUUUAACAUCUGAAUUUGUUUUAAUAUUGUGUAGAGAACUGUAAUAAAUUUUUAAGUCCAAAA